CAUUUGAUGCUGCAUUUCCAGGAGUUAUACCGAAAUUAAAUUCUAAAUGUGUUGACCUCGCAGUAGCAACAUCUUUGGCGUUAUCAGGAAAUGUUCAAUUGAUUUCAUCAUUUGAUCGGAAACAAUAUUUUUAUCCAGAUUUACCGGCAGGUUAUCAAAUCACUCAACAUUAUGAACCAUUAUCAAUUGGUGGUAAAAUUGCUUUAUCUCAUUUGGAUGGUCUUGAAUAUGAGACUGAAGUGGGAAUCAAACAGAUUCAACUUGAACAGGAUACAGGAAAAAGUAUUUAUGAUAUAAAACCAGGGUUUGCUUUGAUAGAUUUAAAUAGAGCGGGAACUGGAUUAAUGGAAAUUGUGACUGAACCUGAUAUAAGAAGUUCAAAGGAAGCAGGUUUAAUUCUUCGAAAAUUACAAAAUAUUCUUCGUGCCGUUGGAUCUUCAGAUGGUAACAUGGAAGAGGGCUCUUUACGUUGUGAUGUUAAUGUUUCUGUUCAUCAGGUUGGAACUCCUUUUGGAACAAGAUUUGAAAUUAAACGACAAAUAAAUGAAUUACGAAAUGGAAAUCGUAUCAUUCAAGAAACGCGAGAACCAGAUUUACCACCAUUAAUAUUAACUCAGGAAUAUCUUGAACGUAUUUUAAAUGCUUCGCCUGAAUUACCGGAUACACUUAAAAUAAGAUUAAUUAAUAAAUAUAAUAUAUCUUUAAAAGAUGUUAAGGCAUUAAUGGGUGAAGAAGGAGGAAUCGUGCAGCAUCAUGAUCGUAAUCCAAAACUUGUUUCUAAUUGGAUUACUCAAGACUUAUAUGGUUUUCUUAAUCGUAAAAAUAUUAAAUUUUCUAAGAAUCCUAUAUCAAUAGAACAAUUAGGUUCUAUUAUUGAUUGUAUUGAAAUUGGUGAUAUUUCUGGAAAACAAAUUCUAGCACAAAUGAUUUCAGGUGACACGCGUCUAGCUUCUAUAAUUAUUGAAGAAAAAGGUUUGAAACAAAUUAACAAUAUUACAGAAUUAGAAACAAUUUGUCAAGAUAUUGUGAUGCAAAAUACUGAAAAUGCAAAACUUGUUCGGGAAGGUAAUCAAAAUGUUUUCAAAUGGUUUGUAGGACAAGUAAUGAGAAUUACAAAAGGAAAAGCGAAUCCUCAAAUAGUAAAUGAAUUAUUACAAAAGUUAUUACAAUAG